GGGAUGCUCACCAUUACAGACUUUAUCAACAUUCUCCAUCGUUACUACAGAUCUCCCAUGGUUCAGAUCUAUGAGCUGGAGGAACACAAGAUUGAAACAUGGAGAGAGGUCUAUCUACAGUAUUCUCUCAACUCCCUGAUCAGCAUCACACCUGACGCCAGCCUCUUCGAAGCCAUUUAUUCCUUACUGAAGAACAAGAUUCACCGGCUACCCGUCAUAGAUCCAGAGUCGGGGAACGUCCUCCACAUACUCACCCAUAAACGCAUCCUCAAGUUCUUACACAUCUUUGGCUCUAUGAUCCCAAAGCCACAAUUCUUACAGAAGCGGAUUGAGGAAGUGAAAAUUGGAACAUUCAAGACCGUCGCAACUGUCAGAGAGACAGAAACGGUUUAUGACGCUUUAUCAAUAUUUGUAGAGCGACGGGUCUCAGCCCUGCCUGUUGUCAACGAACAAGGGAAAGUGGUGGCACUUUACUCCAGAUUUGAUGUCAUUAAUUUGGCUGCGCAGAAAAACUACAACAACCUGAACAUGACGAUGCAGGAGGCCAUUCAAAGCCGCUCGUGCUGCAUUGAGGGGGUGCUGAAGUGUUACCCUCACGAAACCCUCGAAACCAUCAUCGAUCGUAUUGCUGAGGCAGAGGUUCACCGUCUAGUGCUGGUGGACACCGAGGAUGUGGUGAGGGGAAUCGUCUCGCUCUCUGAUUUGCUUCAGGCUCUGGUCUUGACUCCUGCAGGCAUUGAAGCACUUUUCUCUUAACACCAGUGGAGGGCUCCCUCUCCACCAUCAUCUUCAUUUCAUAUCCUCUGAUACCAGAAUUUUGUCCUAAAGCAAACCAUGAGCCUUGAAGUUGAAUGCUUGAAGACAGAACGUUUAAAUAUUUUUAAUG